AUGGUCCCUCAAACAAGAAAGAUUACCCUAAUAGAGGGGAAGGAAAUUGCUAUCAAGAGAGCAUCAGAAUCAGAUGAUUCCAGAGCUCCUGCUCAUGAUAAUUUGUUUCUUGUGAACUCUCAUAUUUCAAAGCAGCAUGGUGCUAUUAGAUUAACUAAAGGUGACUUCUAUAUUAAGGAUAGUUGUUCCACUUUCGGUACUGUUCUCAAUGAUUGCUUUUUAAUUCCAGGUAAAUGGAAAAGACUUGAAGAUCACGAUACGUUGGGAUUUGUGGUAUCUCGACACUCUUCUUCUAUUCAGAAGAUUUUAAGUCGUUUUGAUGAAAAGACAACUUCAUCUGUUCCACUUCGUGAGUUUGGAUUUCCAACUGUGGCUCUCGAAUAUAAAGUUGAAAUUGAUGGUAAUACUCUUUUACUUAUUCCUUUAAAUGCUCCAGUACCUCCUUCAAUCUCCAAAGACAAUUCAGGUGUAUCUUCAAGUACUCCAAUUAUUUUGGAUGGUGAGGAGACCGUUGAGAAGGAUCCUUCUUCAGAUUCAGGUCCAGUGUAUGAUAAGACAAUGGACAUUUCGACUGAGGUUUCUGAGCCCCACCAACCUGAGACCACAGGAAUUAUUCCAGAUAUGGAAGAAAAUGAAGGCUCUCUUCCAAUUUCUUCAGUGCCAUCUUCUGUAAAGAGUGAAGAUGCUGAUACUGCAGAAGCAAAUGUCUGUUCUUAUUCUGAUGGUGAAAUUACCAUUCUGGAGUCUGAAGUAGACGAAGAAGAGAAUGAAGAAGAAGUGCAAGUGUUUGCUUUUGAGGACUUUUCAGGUGUACUUCGUCCUGAUGCCAUUGUUGUACAUAAUGAAGAUGACCUGGAUGACCUGGAUGACCUGGAUGAAGACGUUGAUGAUUACAAUGAAGAUGACGAUGAGAAGGAUAAGUUAUCUACAUGUUCUGGGGAUCAAGUUGUGUGGACUUCAGAAGAAGAUUCUUGUGACUGCGUUGAGUAUGAGGGAGAAUGUUGCGAUAAAGCUGGCGUUUCCUCUUGUCAUCAAAGUGUCGAGGAACAGGAUAGUGAAGGAAAAGAGGAUGAUGAUGAUGAUGAUGAUGAUGAUGAUGAUGAUGAUGAUGAUGAUGAUGAAGUGGAAACCGAUUCUCUGGUAUCUAAUGAUAACUUGGGGUGUAUAUGUAAGGAUUAUUUUAAGGAAAGGUUAGAAUUAUGGCCAGGAAGUGAGAUUCAUUGUGUUAGUUAUAGUGAAGAUAACUGUGAUACUUCUCGAGGUUGUUUACAAGAUGUUUUGGAUGAUUCAUAUAAUUCGCUAGAUGAUUCUGAUUUUGAAUUAUGUAACGGAAGAAAGAGAUCGUUUGAUGCUAUGGAAUCUGAUGAAGAAUCAUGUCUUGAAGAAGAAGAAGAUGGCGAAGAAGGUGUAGGUCAAUUAAUUAAAUUAACCAGGCCAAUAAAGAAGGCCAAAGUGGAACAACCAUCAAGAAUCAAAGGUUUACUAAAAGAAGUUGGAAAGGGACUUUUCUAUGUCACUGGUACAAUUGUGGCACUUGGAAUGUAUGGCCAUUCAAAGGCAAAGUCCUAA